AUGUUGUCUUGUCCCGGAUUCUACAUCCCACAUACCCUCUCCCCUAACCCAGCCCCCCUCCGUCACCUCCCAUAUGCCCACCCCCCCCCCCCUCUUCCCCUACCCCUCCCCUAUCCCCCUCCCCUACCCCUCCCCUAUCCCUCUCCCCUACCCCUCCCCAAUCCCCCUCUCCUACCCCACCCUUCCUCCCGUACCUCUCCUCCCCUGCCCCUGCGACAGAGCAAGCCAUCGGGGGGCCCGUUCAGAGUGAGCGGGUUUGAGCGCACGGCGUUCCACGGCUGGUUUGGGCUGCUGCUGGCCGUGCAGCGACAGCCCGUGGUGGUGCAUGUGCAGGCCACUGCCCCCUCCUUUCUUGACUAUGAUGGGCUGUCCAAGUACGCAGACCCCUCGUGCUUCACGUACAACCUGAACCACGUGGUGCUGCUGGUGGGCUAUCGCCUCACCGGCUCAGACCCCACCUUCCCGCACAUGGCGCCGCCCUUCUGGAUCAUCCGCAACUCAUGGGGCCCGGAGUGGGGCGAUGGCGGGCACAUGCGGAUGGACAUCCAGGGGGGCGACGGCGUGUGUGGGAUCAACACGCUGCCUGGGAUCUACCCGGUGGUGCGCGCUACCAAGGACCCCUGCAACGUCAACGGCACCACCAGUGGGGUGUUUGGGCCGCUCUUCAACCCCUGUGGCAACUUCACGUGCACGCCCACGCCUGAUGGGGCCAGCAACCACUGCGACUGCAACGACCCGCGAUUCGUUGAGGCGCUUCAACCGGACAACUCGCGCACAUGUGCUUACAGUGAGCACUCUCCUUUGUGCUUCCAGGCAGCGUUGCACAAUCCGUGUGCGGUGGGCACGUGUGUGAAUGAUGGCGAGGGGUCGUACUCGUGUGUGUGCCCUCCGGGCUUCAUGCAGGGCACCACUGUUGAUGGCACCUUCUCCUGUGCUCCAGGUGACCCCCCUCACUUGCGCUCCAGAUGCCUCUCAUUCUGA